AUGUCAAUGUUCUUCACAUAUGGUGAACAAGCUGUGAUGAUGCCUAUUAUGUGGUCUAUUGGGAAUGCGAGCCCUAUCACCUCAGGUCUUUUGUCAUACGGCGUCCUGUGGAUCGAGACUGGGAACUUUGCCCCCUGGAAAUGGUUCAUGGUGAUCACUGGCACGCUUACAAUCAUCUUCGGAGUUUUCGUCUUUCUGUUUUUCCCUGACAGCCCUCUUCACGCCAAUUUUUUGACUUAUGAGGAACGAGCGAAAGCCAUCCUUCGAAUCAAAGAGAACAACUCUGGCAUAGAACAGAAGUUGUUUAAGAAAUACCAAUUUAUUGAAGCGCUCAAGGAUCCCAAAACAUGGCUCUUCUUUCUUCACGCCUGGUCCCAGGAAAUGGCCAACGGAAUUACAAACCAGUAUUCUUUGAUCAUCAACUCGUUCGGGUUCUCGGUCCUGCAAACGACCUUACUUGGCACGGUUACUGGCAUCGUGUCAUUCUUCUCUCUUGCCGCGGCGGCAAUUGCACUAUACUACACUGAGAACUCUCGAGCUUGGAUAUCUCUUGUCGCGUACAUCCCUGGCGCUUUGUCUAGUAUUCUUUUAUUAGCGCUGCCAUGGUCGAAUCGAUGGGGUCUCAUCAGCGGAAUCUGGAUUCGCUCUACAACUGGAAUCCCCUAUGCUGUGGUGAUGAUCUGGGCGGCCAACGCGUCAGCAGGACAUACCAAGAAGACCACCGUCAUUGCCCUGUAUCAUAUUGGAUACGGCUUGGGGAACAUCAUCUCGCCCCAGCUUUUCCGACCGCAGUGGAAGCCUCGAUACCGACCAACAUGGAUUAUUCUGCUGGUGGUUGCUGCAAUUCUUCCUUCAAUAGUCAUCAUAAUUCUGCGCAUUUAUCUGAGCCGCGAGAAUAAACGCCGUGAUCAACUCGAAGCCGCCAAACCAGUCACAAGCAAUGGGAUUGUCGAAACCCUCGAUUCGGAUGGGAGCUUGGUGACUCGGGUUGUAGACAAUAGUCAAAUGGAUUUGACAGAUAGGGAGAACCUGAGAUUCCGAUACGUCCUUUAA